UAAAUCCCAUCUCCCAUAUCUCCCCUGCGCCUACACACAUUUCAUCCCUCUCUAUUCCAAUACUCCAGCCAUGUCUCUUCACAUCCACCAGCUCUGCAUCUGCUAGCAAAAAAGUAAGUUCCGCAACAGAAGAGAAAACGGCCACUCUGCAUUCCUCCGUCGAAGCUCGUCGCCUUGGUGGCAGGAGGUGACUUAUUAACUGCAUCUGCAUCACCAUGGACUUCGCCGUGAACGCGGCGCUGUGGGUGGUUGGCAAGGCGUUGGCACCCGUCACGGACGGCCUGCUUGAGUCAUGGGCAGCUAGCGCUGGGCUGGGAGCUAACAUCGACGCCCUCAAGAUGCAGCUCCUCUACGCACAAGAGAUGCUCGACAAUGCACAGGGUAGGGACAUCCGGAGCCCUGCGCUCAAGGAGCUUCUGCAUAAGCUGCGGGAGCUGGCAUAUGGUGCCGACGACGUGCUAGAUGAGCUCGACUACUUCCACAUCCAGGACGCGCUCGAGGGCACCUGCCAUGCUGCCGAUUUGGAUGCCUAGAGCUGCGUUGACAGUCUCGUCAUCAAUGCCCGCCACACUGCCAAGGCUGUGGCCGAUAAACUAAAGUGCUCAUCAUCCUCUACCCGUGCUGAUCCCGACGAUGAGGAAGAUGGUGGCGAACGAGGAUGCCUCUCUUGUUGGGGAACGUUGCAGAAAAUUAAAAUUUUUCCUAUGUUUCACCAAGAUCCAUCUAUGAGUUCAUCUAAGCAACGAGUCAA